CUAAGGGAAGGAUAAGGUCAUUUCCCUUCAGCCCCUAGAGGCUCCCCUUUCCUGCGGGUGCAGAAGGCGUAGAGCUGGGCAGCCAGUGCAAGAGUCUCCCCCAAGCCCAGCACCCCAAGGGCAGGCAACAUGGCCUCUUGGGCCUGGCUGGCAGCCUGCAUACUAGCCCUGUGCCUGGGCUCCACCUUGCCACAGAAUGUGUGCAGAGCUCCUGAUGGGAUUCAGGGGCAGCCUGGAGCCCCAGGUCUCAAUGGGCGCCCAGGACCUAAGGGUGAUCGUGGUGAGCAAGGCGCACCAGGAGCGAGGACAGGAGUCCGUGGUCUCAAGGGGGAUGAAGGUGAACCUGGUCCCCCCGGAAAGCCAGGGAAUAGAGGUUAUGCAGGUCCCUCUGGCCCCCAAGGACCCCUGGGAAUGCCUGGAGAGAGGGGCCCCAAGGGAGAGAUGGGAAGAAUUCAAAACCAGCUCAAGCCGGCCUUCUCAGCAGUGCGGAGGAACUCUCAAGAGGAUGGGAAUGUGAUCAUAUUCGACACUAUCAUCACCAACCAGGAAGACCACUACCAGAGCAAUACGGGCAAGUUCAUCUGCAAUUUCCCUGGCUACUACUACUUUACUUUCCAUGUGGUGUCCACUGGGGACCUUUGUCUCUUCAUCGUGUCCUCCAAGGGAGGCCAGACCAGACGCAACUUGGGCUUCUGUGACAGCAACAGUAAGGGAAUUUAUCAGGUCAACUCUGGUGGCACAGUGCUGAAGCUGGCAGAGAGUGAUGCGGUGUGGAUCGAAACAGACCCCCACAGAGGCAACAAGAUCUACAAAGGUAAUGAGGUCGAUAGUGUCUUCAGUGGCUUCUUACUUUUCCCCUCCAACUGAAUUUGGGGCCCUGGGGUAGAGAAGCUUGGAUUGUCCAGCAAAGACCAGUCUUGAAUUCAGCUUGCGCCCUUCUAAUCCUUUCCAUCCACACAAGAUCAUCGAUCCAGAACUGGAGGGGACCUCAGGGCUCAUCACGUCCAGUGCCUUGAUUUUACAGAUGAGGAAACAGAUGAGGCUGUCAGAGAGGUACAGUGAUGUACCCAGGGUCACACAGUAAAUGCUUGAAGCAGGAUGUCAACCCAGUGUCAUCACACUAUGCCAGAGUGCCUAGCUCUUGGGCAAGUCAUUUAAUAAAAACAACAUCUGUAUUUUUAGUACCUUAAGAACUUUCCAAAGCCUCGUCUUCACAAGGACCCUGUCAGAGAGGGAGGAAAAUAUUAUCUUCAUGAGUCAGAUGGGGAAACUGAGACUAGGAGAGGGAAAACAACUUGCCUGAAGCUGCAUAGCCCCACAUGGCCUCCCCACUUAACCACACUUACCUUGCCCUCUCUGUAAAAGUUGAGAAUGAUCCUCUGACUGCUCCAAGGCAGGAGGGCAUGGACCAGAUCCCUCAAGGUCCUUUCCAGCUCCAGGAUCCAGAAUGAUCAGUUUCCCUGUCCUUGAGCCCCCAAUCGUACAGUGGCUUCCUUCCAUCCCAACCCUGGGGCCAUCAAAGCAGUGUCUGCUGGAGCAAGAGGAUGGGUACCCCAUGCCAACCACCAUCUUUUCCUUGGCCUGUCUGCCCCUCUGCUUGGCUUCUGAAGAAGCCCCUCUCCAGGACUCAGGCAUCCCUAUGCUGCAGCUGUCCUGUCUCACUCAUGGCUUGGACUUUGCCUCUCCUUUCUGCAGCCCAUAUGGUCACUCCUCCCAAGACAUCCCUGCUCAUCUCUACCCCCCCCCCAGUGCUGAGAGGGGCAGUGAUCCCCUCACCUCCUCAGCACAGCAUGUAGCCACCUGAACCGAGGUUUUAAUGAAUAAACCAAAUGAUUCAGUUC